GUGAAAUAUUUAAGGUCGGUGAGCGACCAGUCUCAACUCUGAGAGAGACGGACAGACAAGAGUGCUCGGCUCCUCUGUCCACUGUGACACUUUUAAAAAAGAAGCAUUUUUUUUGUUUCGUCUCCGCUCGAGGCGCAUCAACUCGAGAUGUCAUCGCAGAAGGUGGCGACCGUCAAAGUCUUCCUGGGCGCAUUCCUCGUGUUUGCAUUCAUUGCGAAUCACCCAGCGCACGCCGGCAACUGCUGGCUGCAGCAGAGCAAGAACGGCCGCUGCCGCGAGCUGCUCAAGAUGAACGUGAGCCAGCAGGAGUGCUGCCGGAGUGGUCGUCUGGGCUCGGCGUACACGGGCGAGCAAGUCUCCACUGCCACGCUGUUUCGCUGGAUGGCCUUCAGCGGCGGGGCGCCCAACUGCAAGCCCUGCAAAGAGACGUGCGACAACGUGGACUGCGGGCCCGGCAAGCAGUGCCGCAUGAGCCGCAGGAACAAGCCGCGUUGCGUCUGCGCCCCCGACUGCUCCAACGCGAGCCGGUCGUCCGUGUGCGGCACGGACGGCAAGACGUACCGCGACGGGUGCGCACUCCUCAAGGCCAGGUGCAAGGGCCAACCCAACCUGGAGAUGCAGUACCAUGGGCCAUGCCAGAAGAACUGCAAGGACGUGCAGUGUCCCAGCGGCACCUUCUGCGUGGUGGACCAGAACAACAACGCGCACUGCGUGCUCUGCAACCUGCGCCCGUGCCCCGCGGAUUCCGGCCAGGGCGAGCAGCAGCAGCAGCAACACGUGUGCGGCAAGGACGGCGUCACCUACGCCAGCGUGUGCAACCUGCGCCGUGCCACGUGCCUGCUCGGAAAGUCCAUCGGCGUCGCCUACCAGGGACGCUGCUCCAAGUCCAAGUCCUGUGACGACGUCCUGUGCGGAUCGGGCAAGAAGUGCCUCUGGGACCCUGCAGAGGGAGGGCCGCACUGCGCGCAGUGCAACGACAUUUGCCGCGACGCCAAGCGCAUGGAGCCCGUGUGCGCGACCAACAACAACACCUACCCCAACGCGUGCGCCAUGAGCAACGCCGCGUGCUCCAGCGGCAUCUACCUGGAGGUCAAGCACACGGGCUACUGCAGCGCCGCCGUGUAUUCCUUUCCCAGCCAUCAGUGAGGAAGAGGAGGAGGACAACGACGAUGUGGACAUGAACACAUUUCCUAAACCUAUCUUUCACAACUGGUAGUAGAGCUUUGGACCUAACAAAAACAAACCACACACACACACAAGAAAAGCAAAAAAAAAUGUUUCCAUAUUCUUUCACGCAUCUCUAAGCGCCCGGCUAGGGCCAAAUCACGAACCGUACACUACUGUACAUAUUCUAGAGGAAGCCACUUGUAUUUAUUCGCGUGAUGUUCUAAAAAAAAAAAUCUGUACAACAUUCGUUUUUUUUAAUUUAUAGCAUUGCAGUAUUUAUACUAUAUGGUCAGUCUGAAGUGUUUAUUUAUUUUGCAGUACAUGUAGUAGUGUUGUGGAAUUUGUAUCUCGUGCCAAGAGGAUAAAGGGGGCCCGAUUUGGUUCACACUCAAAACAUAAACAAUGACUGGUGUUUUGCAUGCAAAAAAGGGGCAGACGUAGACUAUAGCUCUAGAGUUUAUUUAAUUGCUUUUGAGAUCGCGUUAUUACCAGAUUUUACUCCAAAGUAUCUGUAAUGGAUAUACUAAUCAGUGUUAUAAUAGAUACAAUGUGAAUGUUAAACGCUUCAUGUAUGUUGUCGUUGUUGUUUUUUAAAAUCUAUCUUUGCAACUCUACCCCAUCCUCACCAUACGCCCCCCUCCCCUUCCCCCAAAUCAACCCGACGUUUGUGUUCCUAGCCUUUAGUUUUUACCGCUGCCUGAAUGAAGAUAUAUUUUAUAAGUACUAAAACAUGGAUCAUGUUUUUGUAUUGAAGUAUUUCAAUAUAAUUUUGUACUUUAAAUAUGAUAUGCUUUCUUUGUGAUUUGUUGUAUAUAUCGUGACCUUGUAAAUAUACCGAAGGGCACAGA